AUGCAUCAACACCCUCGUUCUCCCGCUGUCGCUUCAUCGGCGCCAAAGCAACCCCCAAGAGCGCUGGCCGCGGCUCGGGAUGACCUCAAGGACCCAGACUCCGUCCCGCCUUCCCCCACCGUUGACAUUCGAACCAACUCGGCCAAAGGUUUGGGCAUUGAUGCUGGGUCGGAUCCCUCUGAGCAUCGGGCUGCGACUCCUAGCAAAGAGAAUAUGGCCAAGUUGAACCAGAUCAUUUCGAACUACCAUACAAAAGCAGCUCUAAUCAUUCUUCAUUCACGCGUCGACCUCCCUCCUUCAUACCCAAAGGGCUCCGACACUCCGAGGAUCAACCGUUGGUUUAAUGUCGAACUCAACGAUACCGAUAUCCUACGAGAACAACUUCGAAUCUGGCGAACCUGCGAUGCCACCGACAACCGACCUCCCCCUCUGCUCAUCGAAGUAUACUUGGACACCAAAGGUUUGACGAACAAUCAGAGUCUUGUGGUCCUCGACGAUAAUGGGAAGCGAUGGGAUGUGCACGAUUCGCUCGCAGCUCUGCGGACGCAAGCCUCCAACGUCCAGCAGUCGAAAUCCGAUGAGAUAAUUCUGGAGCGGUGGAAGAUUGAGUUGGGCGAAUCCACGACCAGACCUCCGGCUGAUCUGGGCUCCAUAUUGCCGACCGUAUAUAAGAAGAGCAUUGUUCUUUUCCGAUCUUUGUUCACUUAUUCCAAAUUCCUGCCUGCCUGGAAGUUCUCCAAGCGAAACACAAAGUUACGCCGGAGCCCUGCCCUGCAAAUCAAGUAUCGUGUCAUAGAUGGGAGUAUCCCUGUCGCUGGCCGGUCUGCAUCACCAGAUCACUUAACGGCCCCAUUGUAUGAGGGUAGUGGUAAGGUGGUGGACACCUACAGUUUCGGUGUCACCGAAUCUCCGGCUGGACCAUUCUCCGUGCAGGUUACUUAUCGGACAAACUGUGACUUCCGCGUGGAUGAUUCAGAAGCUCUCCUCAGCUCCCGCUUCAUGGGCGCUGAUGAUGAUAUCUUCCGCCCCUCCCUCCCUUCGGAGAACAUCAGACCGAACCAUGAGGUUGGCUCAGUGCCAGUAGAGAAACGAAUUGUUGGAGACCCCGACUGCUCACGCGCAUACGGGAGCCUAUCUACAUUUCACCAGGUUGGUCCUGGGACAAGUCCUCUGUCUGCUUUGCGGAAUAUGAGAGAUGUCGGCCCAUCAUCUUCGCCGCCUGAUUCCCCAUCUAAGAGGCUCCUACCUCCCGCCAAAAUAGCACAUACUGGACGAGCUGCUCAGAUUGCAAGCGAGAGUGGUGGCGGAUCGAACUUUGGUCGUCGCCCCUCCAUCUCAUUCCAGCCUUUCAAAGCACCCCCUCUAUCAGCCUCUCCGGCAUUGGUAGACACUCCACUUGGUGUAUCACCUCGAACGACGUCGGCUCGCGCUUCCGCAGGUACAUCUGCUGAGUCUCGUGUCAUGCCGCCCCCUUCUGUGGCGGCCUCUGCCCGCAGACCUGCCGCUCUUGUAUCUGACCAAAUCAUUUCCCCUUCUAAUUCAGCAUCACCAAAACCAGCUCCGAUCACCAGAUACAGUAGCUCAUUUAGCCAUCGACGAGGCCGUCCAUCUUCUGGCGGAACAACCAAGCUGGAUGACGAAAUUUCAAGCGGCAAGGCCAGUGCUGCAUCCUCUAAUGUACAGCCAGGCUCCGGUCUUUUCGCAGAAGCUACCGGCACUAGCGCAGGAUCUAUUCAUGCGGAUGACGAGAAUAUCUCCGACUUUUUGAAAAUGCUCGAUUUGAAGAAAGAUCUGAUGAAUUCAUCUGGCUCUGGCUCUCAAGAUUCUGGACCUCGCAAGCCGACGGCCACAUCGGCUGCCCUCGCUCGUUUCCAACGCAUGCGUGAUUCAAACGCUGCGCUAUCUGACUCAAUGUCAACGUCUAUGCAUCUACGGCACUCUUCAUCAUCGUCCAGUAAACACCUCUCGGGUGUGCCGCAAAUGGUUGCUGGCACAUCUAUUUCUACCGCCUCGUCCCCUGGGAAGCCUAUAUCACCCCAUACCCCUCACACACCUGCUAUUCGAUCUCGCCUCAGUUCAAACAGUGUCGCCGAUGAAAUGGCCACGGAACAUGAUCGUCGUGUUCCACCGCAUAUUGAGCACGAGUCGCCUCUUGAAGAAAAUCCCGGCGAAACGAUCACGCAACGUGAUCCAUCCACCGCCGGGGCAAUAGACAUACCCAUAUCGCCCCGUGUUUAUCCCCCGGCCUACCGUCGCUCAAGCUCUGCGGCCCAGCGGAGGCGACCAGCAGUGGCCGAUGACGACGAAAUAUUCCCGUUCGGCAUGCGGAGCGUGAGUCUUGGCAACGAAGAAGGGGCACAUCCUCUUCCUGACACUAUGCCGCGUAUGAAUGAAGAUGAGAAUGUCGAUCCCGAUCCCAAUCUCUACCAGUGUCAGACAGAAGACCAGCCAUGCACUGAGGAUAACAAUGUCCCCGCGACAAGUGUUACUAGUGCAUCACGUCCAUCCGCAUCCGCAACUUCAUCCAUCUCAAACACGCAUUUGUACCAACCCCGCUUCGCUAGCUCACGAGGCCGCGGCUACUCAGGUGGUCAAUCUGUCAGUUCCGCAUCGAGCAGCCUCGCAAGAGGCGCGGCAAUCCCGCCUCACUUGUCUGAGCGGGAUGCCGAUCGAGACGGUAACGCAAGUGGCAGCACGAGCGGUAAUUCCACAAUGGACUUGCGCCGUGGCUCGGGUCAAAGACCGAGUGUGAGCCGCGCUGCGCCAUCUGCGGCCUUCGAGGACGACGAGCCGCUACUUUUUGCCAUGAGUGACUUCGGUGCCUCAAGGCGCAGCCUCGAGGAGAACAGGGGGAAUCAUGGCGGCAACGACUCGAAUAGUGGAUCGAGACGGGGCAGUGGUAGGAGAGGAGCUGGGCUUCCGAACUUCCACGUCUGGUAG